CAUAUAUUUUUCGGCACCAUAGGUUUGAUUUGCAUUUGAUAUUUUGAUGCUUUUAAGACAAGAAAUAUAAUAAAAUAAGUUAAACCGAAUUGAAAAUCGUUUUUACCACUGUUUACCGUAGAAACAAAUGCGUAAUAGUAUAAUUCUUUUAUAAAAAUAAUUUAAUAAGUAAAGUAUAAAGAACUCUUGUACUGCCUCAAUCUGAGGUCUCAACAUAUUUUGUGUAGACAGCAGUUUAACGAAUAUACUAAGCUAAUAUAUUUACCAAUAUCGAUUCAUACUCCUAUAAAAAAUAUCUGGUCAGUUGAUACCUUAAGGGACUCAUAUUUAUGAUCAUAUUCUCCAAGCUUGAAAAUAAAUAAAGUUUAAAGAUUCCUUAAUAAUGAGCGAAUGUGAUUCUGAUGAAGAUAAUGUUAUCCGGUAUGGAACUCCACUGGAUCCUUUCGAAGAAGAUGAGCUGCCAUCAAAACGCAAGUACCAACAGCCAGCUGAUCAAUAUGCAGUGGACUCGCAUGGCCGGAGGAGGUUCCAUGGAGCCUUUACUGGUGGCUUCUCAGCCGGCUUCGGUAACACAGUUGGCACACCAGAAGGCUGGACACCAGCUAGCUUUAAAAGCUCUCGUUCAGAGAAAGCUCAAAUAUCUAGUCAAAAAGCGGAGGAUUUUAUGGAUGAUGAGGACCGGAGUGAGUUCGGUAUAGCACCGCGACACAUGCAGACGCAGCACGAGUUCUCAGGCCAGAAGAGGAAGAUACAGCAACGGUACCAUGAUGGACCUAUACCUGGGGAACCAGUGCUAGAGCAGCUGGUGAAAGCGGUGCACGAGACUGCAGCGGUGCGUAUGCUGCGCGCGAUGGGCUGGCGGCCCGGCCAGGGCGCCGGCGACCGCGUCUCCCGCGCCGACAAGGUGCGAGCCAAGCGACAGCACAAGGUCUACGGCUGUUACAUGCCGCAGGAAAUGAGGCCGAAUCAAGAACCUGCAUCAGACAAUGACAGUUCAGAUUCGGAAUUCGACUAUGAAACGCUGUUUGCGCCAGACGAUUAUGAACCUUAUGUGUUAAGUCAUAAGAAUGAUAAAUUUGGAUUGGGAUACUCUGGCCUCAGCCGACAUUCCGUAUUGGGAAACUUGAUGGGCGAGUAUGGGAGUGAUGCGAGCACUUCUAAAAGUCAUCUCAUCAUGAAAGAGAAAGGAAAGAAGGUAUCAAUUCGCGGCCAAGCAUUCGGCGUGGGUGCAUUUGAAGCCGACGAUGAGGAUAUAUACGCGACAGAGGACAUGUCUCAUUAUGACUUCACGCUAGGUGGCGCCACAGAAGAUAAACAGAAGAAAAAAGUCAAGGAGAAGGGUGUCAAUGUUCUAGAAGGUUUCGUGAAGGCCAGCAAGCCACUACCCCAAGUCCCGUUCUACCCACCGCCAGCUUUGCCCAAGGACUAUAAGCCCGCUGCGGCCGGAGCCAGAAGGUCGAGGUUUGAGCCCACUGACCAACCACAAAGAGAUCAAGGUCUAGGCCGUCACGAGCUCACAGCGGACGCUCGAGGCGCUUUAUUGGGCGAAACUCCAGUGCCUAAAGUCACAGAUACAAACACACAGACAAACAUACCAUCCACGGAGGACCCCAUAGCCAAACUAGUGGGCCGAAACGUCAACUUCACAUCAAACCAGGAAGAAAAAAGUGAACUAGACUUUAUAUCGAUAAAAGACAGUGAAAAAGAAAUAACCAAAGUGUUUAGACCGUUUAUGAACAAUCCGAAGAAACAAGCGAGAUACGAAUUGUAUCUGAAAGAUAGGGACAGUUAUAUGAAGGAAGGAGAUGGGGAAAUGGACAGGUUGAGUGAGUGGGAGAGGAAUAGAGAGAUAGUGGAGUUCGAACAGGCGGCUAAGUUGUAUAAACCGUUGACGGGUAUUAUGAGUGAUAGAUUCACCCACGCAUCAGAGCCGGACGAAGCGCUCAAUCCUCUAUGUGCUGUCGCCAAAAGUUCCACCAAUUAUGGGCUAGCCACCCCGGAGCAGAUUGACGCAGCCAAACGCGGCGUGUACGGCGUGAUGACACGACGAGAGUCGCCGUGGCGGCCGGAGUCGCUGGUGUGCAAGCGAUUUAAUAUACCAGAGCCUGGGGGAGUCAGACCAGAAUCAAAGAAAGAAGAUAAACCAAAAGUGUCAUACUCAGUGUUUUCCUAUCUCGAGUCAUCAGUUCACGAUAGAGACAGUUUUGCUAAAGAGCAGAGCAAGUUCAGUGGCUCAAAGUCAUUAAUAAAUACACCAAAUACUAGUAAAGAACAAAAUAAAACAUUAAAUGAUACUGAAAACGUUAAAAGAGAUGAUAAUAAAUUAGAAAAUAAUACAACUAGUCAAAUCAAUACAGGUUUUAGCAAAAGACUGACAGUAGCUGAAUUGUUUCUAAAGGAAUCGGAGAAAGAUAUGAAAAACAAAGAACAAGGUGUCGAAGUAACUGAAACUAUAGACAAAUUCGACAAAAUGGAUCUUUAUAAGUCUAUAUUUUUAAGUGAUAGUGAAGAUGAGGGUCUGCCGAAAAAUGAAGAGAGUAAUGAUGAUAAAGAUGCUAAUGAAUUCGUAGAUGUGCCUAAAAAUAUCGAGAGGAACACAUCGCCGCCGAGAGGUAUUUUCGCGAACAUUGAUUUCGACGAAUUGAAUUCUUGGAAAAGGAAUGUUGAUAAUAAGCAAACAAAUAAUGAAAAAGAAGCUACUAGUAGUGCUAAUGUAGAGAAGAAUGACAAAGAAGCUGGUGCAGAAGAUAAAAUAGAAAUUAUUGAAACUUAUGGACCUAAAAUACCGGAUAAUUUAAUGAAAAGGUUAGAAGGAGAGAGUAAAAGUAGUAUAGGAGGUAGUAAUUUAAAACCGGUUUUUAGAAGUCAAAGUGAGAGGGAUAAAGAGAUACUUGAAGGUGAUUCUUCGUCAAGCGCCGACUCGUGGGUAGACGUAAAAGAAAUUAAAUCGAAAAAGGAAAAAAAGAAAAAGAGCAAAAAACAUAAAUCUAAACAUAAAAAAUCAAAACACAAAAAGAAAAGUCGAUGAUAUUCUAUUGUUAUUAUGUAUCAACCUAAUACCUAAUUAUAUUAUUCUUACACAAUUGU